AUGCUGUGGCCCGAUGGGACUUACCCCACAUCCAUGGCGGAUUAUAUAUACAAUUUGGUAUUCCUCAUUCUCACUUAUGGUAUCCCCAUGCUCAUCAUGAUUGUGUGCUAUUCCCUCAUGGGGAAAGAACUGUGGGGGAGUCGAUCCAUUGGGGAGCACACAGAACGGCAGUUGGAAUCGAUGAAAUCCAAGAAGAAGGUCGUUCGGAUGUUUAUUAUAAUUGUGACAAUAUUUGCCAUCUGUUGGCUACCCUACCACCUCUUCUUUGUGUACGCCUACCACAACAAUCAAGUAACAUCAACGAGCUACGUGCAGCAGAUGUACUUGGCCUUCUACUGGUUGGCCAUGUCAAAUGCCAUGGUGAACCCCCUCAUAUACUACUGGAUGAAUGGGCGCUUUCGGGUCUACUUCCAAGAGAUCAUCUGCUAUUGCUGCCUCCGUGUGUGGAAGGCGCACAAUAAGGGGGCUGAAGAUAAAGUGCCCGGAAUUCUCAGCCGACGAAAUUCACAAUCCGAUUUUGCCCGCACGAAAUCCUGUCGCCCAAAAACUAUGUCUGUGCAGUGGCACCAAACAAUGCCGGGAAAUGUUCGGGUGAGACAUUUAAAUCCCAUUGGAAAUCUCCCAGGAAGUCCCAAGUGUAACUCGACAGUUACCACCCACAUGGAUGUACCAAUUCCUGCUGGAAACCACUUCGACGUGUACCGGAGGGAGAGCCGCAGAAACCAACAGAAUAACGAUGCAGCUCGCAUUCUCAAUGAGGCCCAAAUUUACACAAAUGGUUGCUCAGAGUAUUCCUGA